GGGAGUAAAGUUUUUACAGACGGGACAACGUUGCCUAGCAGCUAGGCAGAGGACUCCUGCUACUUCACGUCGCCUUGUUUGUGUGGGGUUUUUUUUUUCCACCCGUAGCCCAUAUCGAGGAACCGCGGACACUUCCCAGCUCUGUCUGCCUGUCAACUGUCUGUUUCCCUCUUGAAGUCUAUAUGCCAAACAUGCCCCAGACCGUGACACUAAAGGGACCCUCUCCUUGGGGGUUUCGACUGGUGGGAGGACGGGAUUUCAGCACACCGUUAACCAUCUCCAGGGUAACACCUGGCAGCAAGGCGGCACAAGGUGACCUGUGUCCAGGCGACACAAUCCUGGCUAUCAACGGCGACAGCACAGAGCACAUGACACACAUGGAGGCUCAGAACAGGAUCAAAACCUGCACUCAUCAGCUCACACUCAACAUCAGCAGGUCGGGAUCAGGAGACAGAGUGUGGUCGCCAGCAGUUAGUGAAGAUGGCAAGACAAGCCCUUACAUGGAGCCUGACUCACAGAAUUUCCGUCCCAUCACCAGCGGAUAUGGUGGGUACAGCCGUAAACCUUCGUACACACCUGAACCCCAGUCUCCACAGGCUCCCCAGUCGCCGCAGGCUCUCCAGCCCACGCACCUGAAUAACAUACACUCCAAACCCAACAACGGCCACAGCCAUGGAUAUGGGAACGGAACUGGGCAUGCUCAGUACAACAACCCAGCUGGACUUUAUGCUCAUAAUGGCAGCAAUGGAGACAGAUCUUUGCCAAGCAAGAUGGGAGGCCUUAGCCUGAGUGCCACACACAGCCCAGAGCCUCCCAUGUCCCCUGUGGGCCGUAAUGGUUUUGACACACAGUCAGAUGUAUACAAGAUGCUGCAGGACUACGUGGAGCCCGUCUCUGAACCCAAGCAGUCCGGCUCCUUCAAAUACCUCCAGGAAAUCCUGGAGGCUGAGGACGGAGGUGUGUCCCCAACAGACAGAAUGAGAAACUUAAAGUCUCCAGUCAGGUCUCCAAUCCCCAAACUGGGAAGCCCCAUCCCCAGCCCCAUGCCUGGUCUUCAGAAGCUACCCCAGUGCACACGCUGCUAUAAUGGCAUUGUUGGCACCAUUGUGAAGGCCAGGGACAAGCUCUACCACCCUGAGUGCUUUAUGUGUGAUGACUGCGGUGUCAACCUCAAGCAGAAAGGCUACUUCUUCAUCGAGGACAAUCUGUACUGUGAGACCCACGCCAAGCUGCGCGUCCAGCCACCAGAGGGCUACGACGUUGUUGCCGUUUAUCCCAACUCCAAGGUGGAGCUAGUCUGAGAUGGAGAUGGAUCUGGCUGCACUGUAUAUAACUUGGAGAAUGGGGCUACUGAGUAUCCUUGCUUACAUUUAUCAGGCUCUGUCAAGCAGGAAUGCCGAACUUGGAUCAGUUUUGCCUUUGGGAGUGUCCUAUGAAAUUUGUGUUUCAGUGAUCCAAAGUCAGCAUUUCUGCACCGAUAGACUUGAUACACGCUGUGUAUAUUGAGCAUUUUGAAAUAUGUUGACAGAAUAAGUGGAUCUGAUGAGUAUCUCAAAACCCAAACCCGCUAAAAGGCUGACAGCCCUCAUCUCAUAAUCAGUGUGUUUACAUUGAAUUCUAGAUCCAAGAAAAAAUACUGAACCAGUCAUGGUUAUAUUUAGAAAAGGUGUUCAUCAUGCACAAUCAUAUCCACAUCACAGGGACAACAUAUCACCAGAAUAUUACUUGUAAAAACCAAGAAACAAGACAUGCACAAAUGGCAAGAUUUGGUAGAAACAGCUAUAAAUUACAACAGCAGUCUCCAGCUACCUGCUUCAUCACCAGCAUCAUGUUCAUGUGUCCCACUGUUAAACCCGGCACGACAACCCUCACGCAAGCCUUAAAAAUAACUUUAAAACACUAGUGUGUGGGUGUGAUAUGGGUUAUCACAAGAGAAUUUUACUUGAUUGGUGCAUAUGUUGUGAUGAAUUGUGCAGAGGAGUUGGUGUUUUUUUGCCUUCUGACUAAUUUUGCAUUUAAUUAUUACUUUUAUUAUUACGACAGUUUCCCAUCCCAUCCUACAAAAUGUCAGUCUGUGUUUUGCAAAGUCAUUCAGGAUAAAAUUGUGCUUUGUUUAAGCCUUGGUUAAGGGGUUUAACUGUGUUUGUGUUUUAAAUGUGUCUUUUUAACUAUGUAACAUUUACACAUUAUACUCCAGUUGCAGGCGGACUUUAACAUUUUCUCAUCCAUGCAGUUUACUUUUCAGACUUUCUAUGUUACAAAGCUGGGGAAAUAUCUCUGCUUGAUCACUUGGUCACUUUUUCUGCUCACUUUUCAUUUUCAUGAAACAAUAAGCAAUAAUUCAUAAUAAGCAGACAGCAAGUAUAAUUGUGAGUGUCUGGAAUGUGUGUCGGUAUGCUUUGGUGAAUGGGUUUGCUGAACUAUAACCUAGAGUAAAUGCCUCCGUAUGCAGCUAUCCAAGCACCACCUUCUGAAAUGUAAACAAAACCCUGCAGGCCACAGCCUUAAUGUUCUGUGAGGGAAUAUAGAAAGAAUUUCUCCCUGCUGUGAUCACAACAACCUCAGUUUAUAAACAACAAAUGCAUGAAAUGAGACUUUAAUGAUGGAACUCAGCCCAAUGCAUACAAUGAUGACAUUUUGAACAGGCGUGAUACACAGUAACAGAAGAUUGUAACUCAAGUGCUCUCAAGCACCUGACAGAGAGAGAACUUUCAACUGUCACUCAUGUUCACAUCAAAAAUUUACAGCACAGAGUUCAGCCACUAUGUCUAUUUAAAAAGACAAUGAGAUGCUCUCCGCCUCUCAUGACAACUUUUAAAAAUGUGCAUGUGAAAAAGGAGACACGGACCACAGAAAACUGUUAAAAACUCAUAAACUGGGACUCCACAGCUUACAACAUGUGGGAGUAAUAUUCACUUUGUUUAGUUUUUUGGACCUACAACAGAGAUACAUUACAGUUCAUCUUUGGAAGACAGAAAAAGACAGAAAUUGGAAAAAUGCAUAGUUGUUUUCCCUUCCUACUAUGAACUCAAAUUUCUGGUCACAGCCAAGUCCAUGAAGCAAAUGAAAUAUACUUCGACAUUUCCUCUGAGAGUGGGGGAACAGAAAAGGAGUGAGUGAGGAGGAGAGGAGAAAGAGAAAUGAGAAAACGGCAUGUAUUUUCUUGACGGAAAUUCGUUGUGCAAGAAGAAAGAAAUGUGUCAUUAUGACUGCAAUAUGUGGCUGUUAUUCUUUGGGUUAUUGUAAUAGUGAAGUAAACUGGGUGGGGAGGAGUGAUCUUAUUCUUAAUUUUAGAAAUCGUUCUAACAAAACUACUUUUUAAUUUGAAAUGAGAAAAGUAAUUUUGCAGUGCUGAUAUCCAUCAUUUUUUCUAGAUAUCAACAGUGAUGCGUAGCUGCUGGUAUGCCAUCUAUACUAGUUAUCUUGUAAAUUAUGUGAAAACUAUAUUGCUGCCGCAGUGUUUCUUUAGUAUUGUACAUAUUUGUUUUAUUCAACGUAUAGUAUAACAUGUCACUCAUGUGUCAUUGCAUACCCAGUGUCUUUAAAUGAUUUCUUUGACACAAAUCCCCUUCUUGUGUUUAACUUAUUGUUCUAUCAACACAUGUUUUGUGUAUUUGCUUUUUUUUCUAGGACCUAAAUAAAAUAAGAAUUGCAUUAA